GCCACAUUCCUGUAUGACUUGGAUUGGAAAAUAAUCGUUGUCCGAAAGUAUAACGUUCCAAUCUUAUCAGUUAUCACAAAUACCCUCUAUAACCCCCUUCCCCUUUACAUUUCUCCAUCCAAGAAAAGUUGAUUUUUUUCUUUCUAUAACAAGAACACCUUUUUUAGGUUCCAAGAACCAAGAAGAAAAAUUUGAAGAAAAAAAAAAGAGGGGUUUCUUGGGGUUCUGUUUCUGUAGGUAAAAGGAAAUGUGUGAAUCUUCUUCUUCAGCUUGUUUAGUGCGAUCCUUUUCUCAACCCUCUCAAGAACGCAAUGUGGGAGAGCGUGCAUUAACAACAUCAGUGUCAUUUGGAAGAUUUAUGUCUGAAUCGCUGGCCUGGGAGAAGUGGUCCUCAUUUACUCGCAAUCGGUAUCUUGAGGAAGUUGAGAAGUAUGCAAGGCCUGGUUCAGUUGCUGAAAAAAAAGCUUACUUCGAGACUCAACACAAAAAAGCAGCUGCUAAAAAAGCUGUUUUGUUGCUAGAGCAACAAAAUGCAGCAGUUGAUGAGUCAUCUGAUUUGAAUGUGAUAGAUCAAAACAAUGAUCAUUUCACAGUGAACUCUGAAUUGACAGGGACCAACGGUUAUGUGGGUAUUGAAGAAACGCAUGGAGAAGAGGGAGAGUUGAAUGUGACAACUCAAACUAUUGAUGAUUCUCAAAAGGAAUCCGAGUUUACUGUGAAUGGCAGCUAUGGGGACUCUCAGGACUCUGAGGAAGCACAGGGAGAACAAGAUCAUUUGUAUGUGACAGAUUCAGAUCUUGAUCAUUGCACAAUGCGCUUUGAGUUGCCAGAGAAUGGCAGCCAUAUGGGUAUUGAAGAAGUGCAGGGAAAUGGGGAUAAUAAUACAACUACCUGUGGUAGCUAUCCUAUUCAUGAAGAAAUUAAUUUGGAAACUGCUGAGACUGAAAACUCUAUCAAACAAUCUUAUUCAGCAGAGAAUGAACUCAAGUCAUUGAAUCAGCCAGAAAAUGUUAUUGUAGAGAAUGCUGCUAUGGGGGGAGACUUUGAAUCAUCAAAGUUCACAUCUCGUGUCAAACCGGUGACAGGUCUGCAACCUAUACUGACUGAUAAAUCUGCUCCAUCUAGCAGAAAGAACGGAAAAGUCCUGAUUGACAAAAAGCUGUCGAAUCCAAAAUCUCGUCACAUGUCAAUCAAGUUUUUUUCUCACAGAAAGGAAACAAAGAAAACGUUGUCUCCGAUUCUUGAGAAGAUAGUGAAUUCAAGACUUGUAAGAUCCAUCACCAAAACAUCUGGAGAUAGUAAAGUUCAACAGACUUCAACUCUGGCAUCAGUAAGUGGGAUAUCAAAGUAUCUUUCUGAAACCCCUCAACGAGAAAAUAGAAGGGACAGAACGAAACUUGACAAAUCAUUGUGUAGAAGCAGAAAAGAAGAGGGUGAAUCGCUAUCACACUCGGGAAAUAUCAAACCAAUAAACAAGCACGGAAACAUAGCAUGUUCCCCUACUGUAUUUUCUCCUUUCAGCUUAAGGAGUGAAGAAAGAGCAGCAAAGCGAAGAGAGUUCUUUCAGAAGCUAGAACAAAAACUGAGCACAAAGGAGGCAGAAAAAAAGCAGCGACAAGCCAAACCAAAGGAGAAAGCCACCUGUAGUUCUAAAGUGCUUAUAUCAAGAGCUAAACCAAAGUCAAGCGUACAUCAUGAAAGAGAAUCAUCUAGUAAUCAAAUGAAGAAGGAGAAAGCCAUUAGUAGUUCUAAAGUGCGUACACCAAAAGCUAGACCAAAUACAAGCAUUCAUCAGGAAAGAGAAUUAUCAAGUAAUCAGAUGAAGAAGGAGAAAGCCACUUGUAGUUCUAAAGAGCUUACAUCAAGAGCUAAAACAAAUGUGCUUAUUCAUCAAUCAAUAGCUGUAUCAAAUGCAAGCGUUCCUCGGGAAAGAGAAUCAAGUAAUCAAAUGAAGAAGAUGCCACAACAAACUUGCUCACCUAAAUCCAGUGGGAAGCCAGAGUCAGAAGUUCAAGACAACAAACCUCGACAACCUUGGAGGAUUUCAGGGAAGCCUGUGGGAUCAAAAGAUGCUAACCUUCCAAUUUAUUUCCCAGUGAAAGGUAGAUCAGACAAUCCCAAGUCAUCAUUUAUCUAUGAGCCGGAAAAUGCUUCUCCAAAUAUCCAUGUUUAAGACAGCUGCUGAAUCACACAGAGCAUUUUCCAAACAUUUAACAAAAUGCUGCUGCUUUUCUAUUUUGAAGUUCCAGGGGCCACAAAUGCGGUGCAUACAUCUCCAAAUGUCUACUAAUACAAUAGGGUGUCCAUUUUGUGUUUCCACUCGAGUGGUGAAAUUCUGCAUGUUUCUGUAUAUCAAUAGUAUGAACUUUUGGCCUUGGCUGAAUAUAAUAAAAGGGAUGAACUCUGUGGUCCUUACGAAA